CUAGCCAAAGCAGCCGUCGCUGCCGCUGCCGCUAAGACCCGCGCGCGGUCCCUGGAAGUCGUCUUGGCCGUUCGUCGUCGGGAAAUAAAGCAAUAUAUAUAGGAAGUGAGCAAGACACAUCCUAGCGGAAACUACCAAUGGCCCUACUGCCAGACCCCAAAUUGAGAGCGCAACAGCAGCUGCAUUUGUGCGGCUGUUGAGCUGCUUCUGCUUAUUAUUUACCACUGCUCCUGCAAGCCAGAGCUGGCUAGACGGACGACAGUUGCGAAACAUCUGAGAGGCGAACAAGUGUAAGAGCCCCUGUCGCAGCUGCAGCAUCUGUUACUGCCGCUGUCGCCGUCGUCCCGUGUCACCCGCUACAGACGGACGGACGGACGAACGAACGGACAGAAGAGAAAUUACGACGAGUUUCGACAAAAAAACCAGAGAGCGAGCAAAAAACCGGAUCAGUCUUCAACAAUCCGGCCGCCAACAGUCCGCCAUUGUAUUCGCGAGUAGGAAACUGGGUGAAACCGCCGAAAGGUUCCGUACGCGUAGCCGCGUCACCCGAUACUGCUGAUAGGGUAGCAGAAAAAAAGAGAGCUUGAGAUUGAGGUAGAAACGGAGAUUAAAACCGCCAAAGUGUUCGAACAGCAGACAGCAACAAACUCAGACGAUUACUUAAGAUCCAAAAAAGGAAGAGAAACAUAGACGAGACUUAACUGGCUAGCAGUUAGGACCAAGGCUCAGCUCGACUUUCUUACGUGACUCUGCCAUGCCACCAGGCCAAUCUUGAAUUUGUAGAUACGCCACCGCCGCCGCCAUCGACGACGAUGACAACGAUGACCGGGAACGAAUCACGACAACAUUUAUAGCAACGCCUCAAAAACGCUUCGCGUCUGUCAGUGUCUGUUUGAGCAGAGUUUACUUGUUUGGGCAGAUUGUCAUCUCGAUGAACUAUUGCCUCCCGCGGAUAAUACUACCGACAGUUAUCUUUUCUUGGAGGCCCGUUUGCUAAUUCGUCACCUUUGUUGUAUGAAUCUGUUCACAAGGAACAUUAGGCUACUCCGGUGACCAGGCCCGACAGCCAUUCAGGCAGCGGGGCGUUGUGCCUUCGACUCAGUAAUUCCUAUUAGGUUCACCUAGUCUAACUCUACCUAAGCAUGAUAUAGUUAUAAUUGUAGUACGUAUUUUUGCCGAUAGCGCUAGUUCACCUUACUUUUUUGAUCUAUUUGAUUGUUGGCCUAUCAUUGUUAACAACACAAAAACUACGAUAGUAACAAUCCACCACAGAAAUAUUCAUCGUCCGACUAUUAAACAUCGUUUUUCAAUAUUAGUUUGCUAAAAAUCGACCCAAACAAGAAUCUCGAGUGCUGCCGAUAAAAAAAACGAAGUUCUACUCUAAAAAAAUAGAAAAAAGCUGUGUCAAAGUGCAGUGCGCCGUGCAGUUGGACUGUAGAACUUGCUCGUGUGAUGGACUAUCUCUCUGCGAAAGGCACGAUGCGCUAUAAAAAGCAAACGAAUAAUGCGAGUAGCGCAGCGUUGAUGUCGCAAGAUGUCGUACCCACAGUCGUCGUCACGCCAUCGAAGGACGUUGAUGAAAAUAAGGAAAGAGGUAACUGGGGCUCGCAGUUCGAGUUUUUACUAUCGUGUCUUAGCUAUGCUGUCGGUCUUGGCAAUAUUUGGCGGUUUCCCUAUCUUUGUUACCGCAACGGUGGAGGCGCGUUUCUGAUUCCGUAUUUUACGAUGUUAUCGUUUGUCGGAAUCCCGCUAUUCUUCAUGGAGCUUUCAUUCGGUCAAUACGCAAGCGAGGGACCGAUAACAAUUUGGAAAGUCUCGCCACUGUUCCAAGGAAUCGGCUACGCGAUGUUCCUAAUGUCGUCCCUCGUGGGCGUUUACUAUAACAUGAUUUUAGCAUGGGCCUUUUUCUACUUAUGGAGCUCGAUUACUUCAAUGUUUAGCGACCUUCCAUGGAAAGGCUGUGAAAACGAGUGGAAUACUCACAUGUGUCAGAAGUUUGCAAGGACCAAUUGUACAGCACAUAAAGGAGUUCUGGACGUGAACGGUACCUGUUUCUUCCCACACGAGAUCGACAAUAAGACGUACGCUGAAUAUAAAGCACUCAAAGUGUGGAGUAAAACAGCCAGUGACGAAUACUUCCACAAUUACGUUCUGGACCUGACCGAGGGACUGCACGAUUUAGGCGGUAUUCGCUAUGAGUUGGUUGUAUGCCUUUUCCUUUGUUGGGCAAUCGUCUUCUUCUGUUUGUCACGUGGCGUGAAAACCAUGGGCAAGGUAGUGUACUUCACUGCACUCUUCCCAUACGUCGUACUCAUAAUCCUUCUAAUUCGGGGACUAUCUCUGCCCGGCGCCGACAAGGGCAUCAUGUUCUACCUAACCCCCGAAUGGCACCGGCUUCUCGAUGCCCGAGUUUGGGGUGAUGCCGCGAUGCAGAUCUUCUUCUCACUCUCGCCGUGUUGGGGGGGCCUCAUCACACUUGCCAGCUAUAACAAGUUUCACAACAAUUGUCUCAAGGACACAUUCUUCAUCUGUAUUGGAAACUGUGGAACUUCGUUCUUUGCGGGCUUCGUCAUCUUUUCAAUCGUCGGCUUCAUGGCGCACAACCUUGGUAUCGAGGUUAGUGAAGUGGCAUCGCAAGGCGCAGGUCUCGCAUUCGUCGUCUAUCCGGAAGCUGUGGCGCGUCUUCCAUUGGCUCCGUUUUGGUCAACCCUAUUCUUUUUCAUGUUGAUGACCCUUGGCAUGGGCACACAGUUUACUAUUGUCGAAACUGUGGUUACUACAAUUGUUGACACAUGGCCAGAGCGUCUACGCCAUCGAAAACCUCUCGUGCUGUUAUGUAUCUGCAGUGCGAUGUUCGCUUUAGGCAGUGUGAUUUGCACGCGAGGUGGUAUGUACGUGCUUCAACUGAUGGACGACUACGUCGCCAGUUAUUCGGCUCUAACGAUCGGUCUUACCGAGGUGAUUGUCAUAGGUUGGGUAUACGAGGCCGAUCGUUUCCUCGAUGACAUUAAGGUCAUGCUCAAAAAAUAUCCAUUCCCACGUGUUUACUGGAAACUGAUCUGGAAAUUUGUCGUGCCAUCCCUUAUUUCGAUGAUCUUGGGCUUCUCGUUAUAUCAGAUGGAACCCACUAGAUACGGUGGAUAUGUCUACCCUGGAUGGGCAACUGCUCUUGGCUGGACCCUUUCUUUAGUGUCGGUUUCAGCCAUACCCGGCGUUGCAAUCUAUAAACUCAGCCGAUCUCGAGGAGAUUAUGCAACCAGACUGAAGGUUCUUAUGGAACCUACUGCCGACUGGGGACCAAAACUUCAGGUUCACCGCAUAGAGGCUCACAGUCCCAAGCACACUGACUCUCAGGUGCCGUUGGCUUUACCGAACUACAACCCCGAUGGCGAUCUCGACCUUGAACCCGACUUUCCGGUGUACUACAACAGCGCUAAGGCCAGUGGUCAGAAUGCAGGUUCCGAUGAUGCAGGCGAUAGCGGCAGUGAGCACGGCAUCUCGUUGAACAUCCCGCGCUCCCGUCAGACUGGCUUGUAAAUGAGUUCAUGAACUACGCAGAUGGGUGGACACAGAACACUCUGCGUUGCAGGACUCGUAUCAUGGCGCGACUUAGCCUUGCCUAACGUGUUGCGAUACGAAGCCUGCAGCAGUUGUUCUAUCGAUUGUCUCUUCGUCUUCGGAGAGUCUUUUAGACAACGUGAGUACGCAGUUGCUGAAGGGGGCGCAAGCAACCGUUCACUGACAUGAUGAUGGUGGUGACGAUAACGGAGGUGGGCUCCAAUUGAGUCUUCCUGUUUGUGACUAGCACCACAACCCCUCAUGCAUCGUUGCUGUUGUCAUCAUGGCCCGCUACUCAAAGCGAAAAUCUAGUAACAGGGAGGAACAGAGCAAAGAAGGCUCAGCUGGCGGAAAAUGUUGGGAUGCCCGAACGGGACAAGUCAAUCUGGCUAUAUAGCCUCCGGUUAGACCUCUGUACAGUAUAUAUAUAUAUAUAUAUACACAUAUGUGUAUAUAUAUAUAUAUGUACAUAUAGGGAAAGAGGUCACCCGAAAACCGCCGCCGCCGCAGCAGUCGGAGCCCAAAAAGCCCCUAAACCCAAACGACCCCGCGGCCAGGAACAUCUAGCUGAUUGAUACUACUCAUUGGAACUUCAAUAGCAGGCCGCAGCAAUAAACGCAGCAACGGUAGCCUAGGCUAAGUGCUGGCAUUUGCAUGAGACAAGUUGAGGCAGUAAAAGCAAGACCUCAAAGAACUAAAAAGCAAUUGUUGGGAUCGGAAUUAGCAAUAGCUAAUUCGUAACUUGUCGAUGGGCAACUAAAAUGCGCGCGGAUCGCUAGCGGAGAAGAAGCGCGUCAUCUCACCUAUCCCAUCGUAAUCUAGCAGAGCUCACAAUCAUCGCAGCGUUCUGUUGUUAUUAUCAAAACAAUUACAAUCAACUACUACCUAACUAGGAUUAUAUGCAUUUGUCAUCCAUACAUCACAGCACCAUGCUAUUCAACUUGUGGACAAAAAAUAAAUAAAGCUAAUCAAUCAGCACAACAGCAAUCCUAUCCCAAUAAGGCAAAAAUUAAAAACAUAAUAUAAGCAACAUCGAUCACCCUAACAUCAACUAGAUAUCAUCUGCUAACGACAACAGGACAUCGUUUACGGCCGAAUUCGCACACGUUACACGGAAUUAGGCCAACAAUAAC